AUGGCUGCAUUCACGUCUCUCCCCGGAGAACUGACUGUUAUCAUCCGUCAAUGCAUACCUUGCGAUGACUUGAGCACCCACCUCGCACUCCAUGUAGUCGCACGAGGAGCCCGCCUUACUUUGUAUGACGAGGCUGUUUGGCGUGACCUAUGCUACGCCAAUGGCUUCGGGGGCAUCUUCUCCAGGGAUGUGAUAGAGGGAUGGCGUAAAAGCGCCCUAGUACUUUCUCGAUACCAAGAGCUAAUGGGUGAAUCCCAUUAUCGUCGCUAUGGUCCAUUACAGUGGUCUAGGUCGCUACCAUUGGCGAGCAUACAUCCACCCUCAUCGCACCCCUCGCUCGAACUCCACCCUGCAUUCUCCAGCCUAUCAUUUGACAGACGAGCUCUCGCUGCAAGUCAAGGUUUAUCAGCAGCAUAUCUCCAUGCCCAGCCAUGGGAUUUAGAUGACCAGAAGAGUCGUACGAUUGCGGACCAGAUAGCGGAUGUGACCCCAACGCAGCUGGAGCGUCAUAUCGGUGCAUACGCCCUUGCUACUGUACCAGCAGUAUCUGAAUUGAACGUCCUAUUUGAUCACUGGGGUGCGUCCCUCGAUGCGAACACUGCCAAGGAUGCCUGCUCCUUUACGUCAGAGCUCGCACGAGUACAACGAGAUGACGGCGUGCGUGUUAUCGACGUGGUUGGAGGAAUACUGAAAUGGUUGAUGACCCCUUUGACGGAUACCCAAGUUGAUAAGUUGGUCGAGCUCGAUAGAAUGCUCGAUCCUGAGCUAUAUGCCAUGCUCGAAUUCAGUACGGAUCCUGAUACCCUAUCAGCGUAUUGGAAACGGAAGUACCAACGCCGAGGAGAUGUAUUCAAAGCGCACUUCGCCGGUUUGCGCCCAGUUGAAGGGGAACCAAAUACUGUUCGGGCUGUUUGGUGUCCAGAAAUACGUUUUGAAGUCCUUGGUUAUAAUGGAGUUGUAAAUGCGAAGGAAAUAGGCGAUACACCAGCUGCCGGCAGCUGGUUGGCCGCCCAAAUCAAUCGGAUUGCAACUCUAGCUUGA